UUUUGUGUGAGACCGAUGAAAAGAAAGCUGACUCUGACUCUAGUACCACUCAGGUCGCCGAAGAAAAACAACGCGAACAAAAAACUACUCGCCAAACCGAUCCGAAACUUCCCGAAGGUGAAUCCCACUCAAUAUUGAAGAAACAAGAACCACCUCCACCACCAGGAGAGGAACG